GCAUAAUUGGCCUCGGCACCAACACUACAAACUCUCGGAGGGGGUGGUGGGUGGUUCGAGAUGCCUUCGAAAGGAGAUCCUUGUCGCGCGCGGAACAUCCCUGGCCAGCUCAAGCCAGCUAGCGUCAAGUGCCAGCAGUUUAGUUUCGGUUUUUGCGCGAGCGAGUGAAGGUCGUUCGAGGCCACCUUCCAGCAACGCGGCGUCGUCGGUUCGGGGCGUUCUUGAAGAGGAGCAGAGGACAACAGCGAGGAAGGUUCCGCUAAGAGGAAAAACCGGGGAGUGCAUCAAAGGAAAAAGCAAGCAAAAGGAUAAAGGAAAAGGGUGUGUGAAACAGCGAAAUAACAAGAGAUUUUCCUUGAGCUUCUGUUGGUGAGGAAAAGUUGAGGGUGUUGCGGUGAAAAUCUGGGCCAAAAGUGACAGAAUUAUGUGUGAAAAGUGCGAAAAUCGCAACGCAGGUGGCAGCUAAUCAAACGAAGACAGAAGAGGAUACCGAGGCAAUCAGCGCAGCUGAAUGUGCGAUAUUAAGGAUUGGGAUUAAAAGUCACCUUCAAACAAUUCAAUUAAACUGGAAGAAUCGUGAAAAAAGCAAUUCCAUGAGUAUUAACCAAGUAAUAAAUUCCAAUGUAUUAUGUGCUUCCACAGAGCAGUGAGAUAACAAAAAAAGUUGGAAUACAUCCAUCUAUAAAGUGAAGUGUGAUUAGUAAUUGAUGUCCAUUAUUAUCAGUAUAGCAAGUUCAAUCUAGUUGGUAUUCCUAGCGAAAAGUGUGGUAGGAAGUCAGCAAAUUAUGUUGAUAUAAUUUAAUCCAAAAAAAGAAGCAUUUAAGUGAAAGCAAUAGUUCAAUAAAAGUGAUUAAAGAAGCAUCAUUAGAGGAGAAAAAAAUCUACGUGCAAUUCUACCAAUUCCAAGAGAAGUACAUCCAACAACAAUGCCCUUCGGUCGCAAGUCCCCGCUGGAGGCCCUGGCAAUGCCGGGGGCCAUCAUCGCGUACAAGUACAGCCAGUACCGGCAACGGCGCCGGGAAGCGGCCAACCGUCGGGUCACGGAACGUGAACUGACAGCGUUGCACAACAAAAUUGAAAAAUUGCUCAGCAAACUCGAGGAGAGCGAACUGGAAGCUCCCACGUCGCAGGAGGAUGAGUGCGUCAUCUGCAUCAAUGCACGGGCCACAAUGCAGACUUCACCCUGCGGCCACAGGGUCGUUUGCCGGCGCUGCUUUGUCAAGACGAUCCAGAGUGCGGUCGCGCAACGCCUACUGCCCCUGCGAUGCGUCAUCUGCCGGGCACGAAUCAACCGUCUUACCUCGGGAUCCACCACGUGGAGGUUACAGGGAUCCGCCAGCAGCUACUCCAUGGGCAGCAAAAGCUGGAGCGUGCCCGGUUCGGCCAGUUCGUACAGCGUGGACGCGGCCGCCGUCCGGGUCACCCAGUCCGCCAGUCUGUACUCGAUGAGUUCCGGCUCGUCGUGCAUUUCCGGCAUUUCGAGCGCGUCCGGGACGUCGGGCAUGUCUUCCUCGUCGUCGAACAGUGGCAUCGGUGGCACUGACUGCAGUGUCGCAUCGACGUCGUCGGCGUCUUCGUCAACGCUUCACCACCACCACCAUCAUCACCACGCUGGCGGAAGUGGAGCUGGCCACAAGCACAGCAAUGGUACCUGUUCGAGCGGGUGUCUGGGGGCGAUUCCGCGGAACCCGGCCUACCAGCAUCACCACAAGAAAGGACAAUACUACGCUAAGUUCAACUUCUUCCACAGAUACUACACCCAACCCGGCAAACCUGCCGGCAGCAAGAACGCCAAGGAAGAAGUGGUCGAGUCGAUACCUCUGCUGAGCAUCGAAAAAAGCAGUAGUGCCAAACCGGGCCCCUCGAAGCUGGGCCUCAACGGUAAGAUCGCUCCGACGGCCUGCAAGUCUCCGAUCAACAAAACCAACAUGGCCACCGGCAAACCAGUCACGACCUCACUCAUCACCGCAGUUGGGACUCCGCCCAAGGCACGUGUGCUCUCGGCUGGCUCGUCCGCCGUUGCUUCCACUUCCGGUGGUGCCGGCCUCUCCAAGAGUAAGAGUAGUUUUAGCGACAGCAAAGGCAAUAAUCACACCAGCAACAAUAACGUCAAACAGGACGAAAAAUACGACAAUAAGAAGAACGAAACGAUCGAGCGGAAGAAGAAGGAGGAAAAGCACAAAAUCAAGGCGGAAAAGGACGCGAGGAAGGAGGAAAAACGCAUCGCCAAGGAGGAGGAAAAGCUCGCCAAGAUGCUCGCCAAGGAGGAGAAGAAACGCGUCAAGCAGGAAGCCAAGGAAUCGCUGCUGGCCAACGAGGGUGGCAGCCGGAAAUAGGACCUUCCCCGAUGGAGGCACUUUCUGGCGCGAACGUAGACACUGGCGACUCCAUCGUAGAAAUUACCAAAACUCCAUUCAAUACGCCAGUGUGCAAAUAAUUAGACAUGGUAAGGUUAAAUUAUGAGAAAACACAACAAAAACAUUCUAAAGUUAAUUGAUAGAGUAGAAUGAGCAAAUUACGAUUAGAAGAGCUUGUCAGUGUUAGUAAUUUGUGCAAAGUUCCUUUUCAAAAUUUAAAUAUUCAAACAAAUUACUAAUGCUGAUGAUUGCUUUCAAAAUUAAACAAACACGUGGCAUUCUAAUUAAGAACAACAUAUCAAUCAUACCAGCUUCCUUUCGAAAACAAAAUGGUGAACUUCCACUGCAAGUGGUUCCAAACUCAAAAUAUGUAUUUAUUUUGAAGUACUUCUUCACUAAACUACUAUUCAAUGUGGCCAAUUACCGUGUGUGCACACGGAACAACACAAUUACGAUUUGGAAAAAAGUCAACUAAUAUUCCCCCCACAGAACUUCCACUCUGGUUUUUAGAUCGAUCUUAUUUUGUAGAGAUGUAUUUUUAAAUAAAAUUAAAUAAAAAAAAUCUUAUUUUAACUUCCAAGCCAUGCGUACCGUUCAUCCCCCUUCCCACCUAGAUACGAGAAGAAGUUUCAAAUUAUGCUUUCUGUACAUAGAAAUGUCGAUGAUUUCUCGCAAAUUCUUGAAAAGAAUUCUAAUCUUAAUCGAAACUGUUACAAAAUUGAGUUCGUCUAAAACCAAAACAAAAAGUGAUCACAUCAAAACGCACAUCAAUCACUUAUUCUAAGCAUAGGGUUAAGGCAUUUGGGUGGUUUUUGAUUACUGUGUAAUACAAUUUUAGUUCAAUAAUUGUGUUUUAACAAUUCAAUUAUAGCAAAGAAUCCUAUGAUUUCACUCUCAUUUUUAAAACUAGCUUAAACCAAGUUAAUAAAAUCAAAGUGUAAAACUAUUGCUUCG